UGGGGGUCGUGGUCACAUGACAAACAGCAUACCGACUAGCAGACGGGCACACCAGUGGAGAAAGCUGUGAAACUACAUGUACUACAUACCAACGGCUUCGAAAUGAGGAUAAAGGAUGUGCUCCUUUAUGCAGUUUUCAUAGUGAGCUGCAGUAGUAAUAAUGAAUGGGAUUACAUGGUGUUCACUCAACAGUGGCCACAAACUGUGUGUGAUUCAGUGUAUGAGGAACACAAAUGUGCUAUCCCUAAAGAUAUUUCCUUUUGGACAGUCCAUGGACUUUGGCCCAACAGACAAGGGAGCAAAGAUGAACCAUCAUACUGCAACAAAACCUGGGCUUUUGAUGAGAAGCUGAUUAAACCGAUUGAAACUAAUCUGGAUGUAAACUGGCCAAAUCUAUAUACAGACUCUGAAAAGACAGAAUUUUGGCAGCACGAGUGGGAUAAGCAUGGGACUUGUGCUGCCUCACUGCCUGCACUAGGGAGUCAAUUCAAAUACUUCUCCAAAGGUCUUGAGCUCCACCAGAAGUAUAAUGCUACAAUAUUAUUAGCAAGAGCUGGAGUAGUGCCAUCUGAUACUUGUAAUGUCAAUAUAACAAAUCUCUAUGAGGGACUGAAGUCACAACUUGGUAAAAUGCCAAAUAUCAACUGCUACUGGAAUAAGAAAAAACACACACAAAACCUGAUAGAGGUGGAGCUGUGUGUGGACAAGAGUUUUAGCAUAAUUGACUGUAAUAGCAAUGAAGACACCAACCUAUACUUCAGCAGUAAGAGUGAAAGGAUGAAAGUGCCACAUUACAAGACACAGAAGCUGGAAUUUGGUUUGGGUGAAACAGAACCAUGCCGCCCCAGUGAAUUAACUUGCUAUCCUGUAAUCAAGCAUACCUCAUAAAAACUAAGCAAUAGUAAUAAAUAAAUGGUGCUGCAAUCAUCAGCUUUCAUUUGCAAUUACCCCAGAGGCUGGAAAAGAUAUUAUUCCAUAUCAUGUACAAAUAAUUCAUUCAAUUCAUAAGCUUCCAGUGUUUUUUAACAUUUAUCAACUUGCUCAAUAUGAAUAUGAAAGUAAUGUAGAUGUACUGUUUCUGCCUUUUAAGAAUAACACCUUUGAUACAAGAAAUGAGAAUUACUCUAAUCGCCAUAUGAAUUGACCAUUUCAUUCAUUAAGUUAUUUUUCAUCAGUUGGAUGUGGUAUCUGUGAUAAUUUUUUUUCAUUGCAAAAUGUUGUGCUAUCAGAUGUCACUUGCAUUGUAAAAAUACUCAAUUUGAAAUAAAUUUAUUUGAAAUACUAUUAUAGAAAUAUGAAAAAAUUUAUAACUGAUGUUUUAGCAUUUUCUAUUUAAAUUUAGUGUUUUUCAACAUAACAUGCAGGUUUUGAAUAAAAUAAUUUCUCAGGUCAAACCAUUUUUAUGCUUACAUUGGUGAGAGAAUUGAAAAAGAAAGUUUUUUGAAAACCAACUAAAAUUGUAUUUAGGGAGGCCAGCAAAAGCUGACACUGCAUGCACAAUCUCUUAAGUUAGUAAGACUGAAAUUAGGUACUUCUGUUUGUACAUUAAAA